AUGGACCAGAACGACCUCGAGAGCCUGCUCGCGACGCUCAGGCAGGCGCAGGACAGCCAUCCCGGCACACCCGCACACCCCGCUCAGCCCGCCCAGCUUCAUCACUCCAGCGAGGGAGCACCAUCCCAACACGAGCUCAACUCGCUCUUGACGACGCUCAGUGCACUGCCAGAUGCCGGGACACACUCACACUCGCAGUCGCCUGCACCACCGGCACCCGCGCACCCGCUCAACUCGCGGACAAAGGACCUCUCGCAACUCACUUUCCAAGAGGCCGUCCCGCGCGUCAACGCCCUCGCAAUGGACCCGCACUUCUUGGAGCAGGUCGAGCAGCUGUGGGACGAGCAGAGGACGUUCGAGCUGCGCUUGAAGGACGAGCGGAACCGGUACGAGCGCGAGUUGAGGCAGUCGGGAGUGAGCCCGGUCAUCAAGUCGCAGCGGCUGCGCGAGUGGGACCGCCGUCUGCUUGUGAGGUGGGCGCAACUCCAGGGCGAACAGCAGGAGAAGCUGCGCGCGCUUGGCGUCCCGACGUUCCAGCAGACGACCGACCCGACCCUCCUGAAGCGACAAGAACGGGUUAUUGAUGUCCUCGUCGGCUUCCUCGAGGACCGAGCCGAGGAUGGCCAGUAG